CAAGAAUGGAUACAAUAAGUACGCAAGCACGGAAGCUAAAUGGGUGUGUGAAGCAACUUGAGAAUUUAAACCCAAGUGGUGCUUCAGAAAAAGAUAUUCUGGAUCGUGCUAAAGUUUUAUUUAUGCAAGAUCCAAAAUAUUCCAAGGGUUUUAAAUUUGACCAUGUUUGGAAUAUGAUUAAAAAUUUUGAAAAAUUUAAAGAUAAUGUGCCAACUGCAAGACAUGCUGCUCCAACAAAAGACAAGUUAAUUACGACUCUUCCCAAUCAGACUCUCAUCCACCAUCUCCAAUUUCCUCAUCACCUG